CCCAUGGUAGCUGGUGCUCACUUGGUUGACCCUCGGGCGGCACUCCCAGACAAGUGUCGCGCAGUUUUCCCCUACGAGCUGUUCAAUGCCGUUCAAUCUCAGUGUUUUAGUCACGUUUACGGCUCGGAUGAUAACGUUGUCGUCUCUGCUCCAACAGGUAGUGGCAAGACUGCCAUCCUGGAGAUGGCCAUCUGCAAACUGGUCACUACUCCUGGCGGAGAAAACUUCAAGAUCGUCUACCAAGCGCCUACCAAAUCGCUUUGCUCAGAACGUGCCAAAGACUGGGAGAAGAAGUUUAGCCAUCUGAAUCUCAGGUGCGUCGAGCUCACAGGAGAUACCUCCCCUGGUCAAGCCAAAAGGGUAGGAAGUGCCUCCAUCAUCGUCACCACCCCCGAGAAGUGGGAUUCGAUUACUAGAAAGUGGGCUGACCAUCGGAAACUUCUCGAGAUGGUACGACUUGUUCUCAUUGAUGAAGUUCACAUCCUCAAAGAUGUCCGAGGUGCAACUCUCGAAGCGGUCGUCUCGCGCAUGAAGACUAGCGGCGCCAAUGUCCGCUUUGUGGCUCUGAGCGCCACUGUUCCAAACCUGAACGACAUUGCAACUUGGCUUGGCCGUGAUCACCAGAAUCAGAAAGAGCCGGCCCAGAUGCUUAGUUUUGGUGAAGAGAUGCGACCAGUAAAUCUCAAGAAACAUGUCUACGGCUAUGAGUUCGGCGGCAAUGACUUCAUUUUCGACAGGACCCUUGACGGCAAGCUGAACAUGCUACUAAGCCAGCAUUCUGAGGGAAAGCCAAUCAUGAUCUUCUGUUUUACACGCAAGUCUUGCGAGAAGACAGCCCAGAACCUUGCGGAAUGGUGGACGACAAUACGGGCUGGAGAGAAGCCGUGGCCAGCACCAAAAGAGCGAGUGCAGGUCGUCAGUAAAGAACUCCAAGAGAUGGUACGUUACGGAGUUGCUUUUCACCAUGCCGGCCUGGAUGUUCAAGACAGAGCCUCAAUCGAGCGAAACUAUCUCAAUGGUGAGUUAUUUGUGAUCUGCUGCACCUCGACAUUGGCGGUAGGAGUAAACUUACCAUGUCAUACUGUUGUUUUGAAAGGUACGUCUGCCUACACAGAUGAAGGACUUAAAGAAUAUUCGGACCUGGAAGUCAUGCAGAUGCUUGGUCGUGCUGGCAGACCACAAUUUGACCGAAGCGCAACUGCAAUCAUCAUGACAAAGCUGACCAACGUUCAACGUUACGAGAGGAUGAUCUCGGGCCAAGAGGUAUUGGAGAGCAAGCUACAUCUCAACCUCAUCGAGCACUUGAACUCCGAGAUCGGCUUAGGCACUAUUCGUAGUCUUGAGACAGCGAAGCAAUGGGUCACAGGCACAUUCCUUUAUGUGCGAAUGCGACAAGCACCCAAGCACUAUCGCUCGGAAAUCUCACAAACAGACGUAAAUUCUCAGACCAAUCUUGAUGACUGGAUUCAAAGCUGGUGUCAGCGUGACAUCGAACUGUUACAGAAAUACGGUCUAGUCAGCAACGACGCUCCAUAUGGUUGCACCGAUUACGGAACUGCCAUGUCGAGAUACAUGGUCCAAUUUGAAACCAUGAAGCAGAUUCUUGCUAUACCUACAGCGCCUAGCAUUGAGCAAUCGCUCAUUUCUCUGUCCCAGGCAGCGGACUUCCGUGAUUUGCGCUUCAAGCCGCAGGAGAAGGCUAUCUUGCGUACGAUGAACUCGUCUGUUUUAUAUCCGAUCAAGGGACCCAUUGGCGAUGUAUGGCACAAAGUCUACCUCUUGAUUCAGAUCAGCCUCGCAGGUCUAGAUUUGCCAGCAGACAGAGAUGCAGUGAUUGCCAAACGUCAAAUUGCGGUUGAAAAGAGCAUCAUACUUGAUCGCAUGAAUCGCCUGGUUCGAUGCGUGAUUGAAUGCAAAGUCUUUGAUGGAGAUGGAGUGGGUACAAGGACUGGCCUUGAGUUGACGCGAGCAAUAGCUGCCAAGGUAUGGGAGGCACACCCAGCACAGCUCCAACAGGUUCAAGGGAUUGGUGCAGUGACCAUGAGGAAAUUAGCCUCUCAUGGAAUUCACAGUGUCGUGGACCUUGCCACACAAAGUUUCGUCGAUAUUGAGCGUAUCGUCGGGCGCAACCCCCCAUACGGGAAAAUUAUGCUCAAGUCCUUAGAGGGGUUCCCUCGACUCAAGAUGACAGCAGAAAUUGUCGAUAAGAAUAGGCUGGCUUACACAAGAUCUGCAGAUGCCGUGAGCGUCGCAGUCAGAGUUCGGCUUAGCUACUGCAAUACGAAGCUACCCGAAUGGAACAAGAAAAUCCCUGUUGUCACCUUCCUAGCUGACACAACAGAUGGGAGACUUGCCAGUUUUUGGCGUGGGACCAUGAGAAAAUUAAGCGAAUCUGAUCCUUUCGAGCUGAAGUUCUCCGUCACAAUGAACAGCGCGGAUGAGAACAUCACAUGUUGCUUUAGUUGCGAAGAGAUUGUUGGCACGCAAGUAUCUGAGAUUAUCUCGCCAGAAAUUCCAUCAUCAGCUUUCGAAGGUUUACCAAAGCAACACCUUCGUCUGACUCAACCACCCCGAAGCCCCAGAAGCCUUGACGCCAUUGCCAGUGAGGAUGAAUUGGCGGAUCAAGAUAUGCUCGUGGCUCUUGAGGCAGCAAACGCCAAUCUUCCUCACUCAUCGAAUGAAAGACCUCGACAGAAAAGUCAACCUGGCGGAUUCGACGCGGAUUUUGCUAACAUUGAAGACGUCUUAAACGACGAGGCGGAGUCAACCAAAGACGAGAUUUCAUAUGCACCGGUGCAAUUAGAGAAUGGCAGGUGGAAGUGUAAUCAUCACUGUUCUGGAGGUGCUCCUACCAAGAAUGGGAAGCAGUGUACUCACAAAUGUUGUCAUGAUGGUCUCGACAAACCGAGACCGCCACCACAAAAGAAAAAGACUGUAAAAGAUAGGUCGGAU